AUGUCCAGCACCCCGAACACUGCCGCAGUGCUGCUCGUCGGAGCCGCGUACUACGGCAGCAGGAUCCUGGUGGACUGGCUCGCCCUGUGGGCUUACCCGUGGUGUGAUCACCCGAUCAAGUGCUUCGACUACGUCCGGGAACUGGAAGCCAGCCUGGACCGUAGCGUAGACCCGUGCGACAACUUCUACGAGCACGUGUGUGCGCACUGGUCCCGGCGAUAUCCCGCCUUUGCCAACUACCUCCAUCUCCUCCAGGCCCGAACGAUGAGCUUCCUCCUCCACGAGCUGGAGCGGCCUGCUCCCCAGCAUCGGUCAAAGGCAGUCAGGCAGGUCGUCUCCGGGUACCAGGCUUGCCGGAAGGCUUUCACUAAGCUGCGAGAAGACAUCCAGGUCCUCUUCGACAUAUUCGACAAGUUCAACGUCACAUGGCCAGCCCUGACGCUUCCGGAAAACUUCGACGUGAUCGAGUACUUGUUCGGCAUGUCGUUGGACUACAACCUGGAGACUCCCGUGCUCCUGACCCUGGAGCCGUACCUGAGGACGGACAGGCGCUACGCCCUGUCCAUGUACAUAAGGCCUACGGAGAAUCACGAUCCGUUCGAUCCGGCAAAGAUAGCCGCUUGCAUGCCACUGGUGGCCCCGUCGAUUGGUGGCGACACCGCGUUCAACUUCGGUGAGAUCAUUUUCUUCGUCUACCUGGACUUGAUCUACCACAUCGAGGCAUUCACUGACUUGAACCAAAUAAUCCCCGUCUACACCACCAUCGAAGCGCUGGCUGACGACGUCAAAGAUCAAGCGCCACUGGACGCCUUGCUCAACACCAUCAACAGGCACCUACCGCAGGACAAGUCCAUCGGCAAGGACGAGGAACUGCUCGUCCCCAAGAACACGGGCCUCGUGCUCAACGAGAUGCUCAGAUCUUCGAAGCCGGCGCACUACGUGAAUCUCGUUCUCUUCAGCGGCUGGAACAUCGUCACAAGCAUGAACUUUGGGCUGUCGUCGUCCAUGUUGAGCUGCAUAUCCGGAAAGUCACCAAUCGGGAAUUCAUUUCUGGCGGUGGCGCACUGUGUGCAAGCUGCGAACGAGGUAGCCGGCUACGCCUUGGCCCGCUUUUUCAUCGACAGCAUGGGCCAGUCGGAAGCGGUGCGCAACACGACGGACACGUGGAACGCCCUGCGCGACGCCACGGAGCGCAACUUCGCCACCCUGUCGUGGAUGGAUGAGAGCACCGCGACAGGCGCCAUGGGUCACGUGGGUGAUCUCGUUCCCGUCAUACCCUUGCCGGCGCACCUGAACAGCAGCGAGGCUCUGGACGCAUUCUACGACUACCUGGUGGAGGACCAGUCGCUACCCUUCUUCCAGUGGUUCGUCCGGUCCAAAAAGCAACGAUCCGACAAGUACAAGCGCCUAAUCCGCGAAGACCCAAACGUGACCGUGUACCGCGAGGACAUACGGCUGAGCUCGACCAACGUGAACGCCUUCUACCUACCUCUCUUCCACAUCAUGGCCAUCCUGCCGGCCAUCAUGAUUCCGCCCUUCGUUCCCAACGGGGUCACCCAGGCCGUGACCUACGGUGCCAUCGGCAAGAUCCUGGGUCACGAGUUGUCGCACGCGUUCGACCCGCUGUUCAGCUCCCUGACCAGGACCGGCGACAAUGCGACUUGGUGGUCGCAGCAGUCUUUCGAGAGCUUCCUCGAGAAGCAGGGCUGCGUCGUUUCCCAGCUCGCCAACUACACGGACAGCGAGAUCCACGCCUUCAACGCGCUCUCGGAGGCGUUCGCCGACACCGCUGGCACCGAGAAGGCCCGGCUGGCGUACGCCUCCCUGCCGACGCAGCGUGGGGUCCUGGGCUAUUCGCCGGAGCAGCUCUUCUUCAUAGCGGGCUGCUUUGAGUUUUGCGCGCAGAACGCGUACUCGUGGGAGACGGAGGACAUCUACCCGGCGUAUGCACUGCGCUGUAACAUGCCCGUUUCCAAUCAGAAACACUUUGCGGAAGCCUUCAACUGUCCCGCUGACGCAGCCCUCAACCCGUCGACGCGCUGUACCUUCCAUUAUUGA